AAUAAGCCCGUCCUUUCCCUCCAAGAGUGCUGGAGCUGAGCAGCCAGGCCAAACAAGCUGUCAUCUAUGCUCAGCCUGUGGGGCUGAUGCAGUGGAGUGUUCAGUUGCUAGGGACCCUGUAGGCCUGGGAGCAAACACACCAGCUAAUCCCAUGCAGGGAAUGGGGACCUUCCGACUGGGGAGAAGGACCGUGAUGUACACCGUGGAAACCAUCCCUAAAGGGAAGAACCGAGUGCUGGGGACCAUCCAGAUCAUGACUGGCUUCAUACACAUUAGCUUUGGGAUCAUUCUCAGCACCUUGACCAGUGUAUAUACCUCAUUCUUUGUGUCUGGAGAGAUCCCCUUCUUGGGAGGAGCAUCCUACAUUGUCUCUGGAUGCCUCUCCAUUGGCGCUGAGAAGAGCCCUACAGAAUGUGCAGUAAAAGGCACCCAAGCCAUGAAUAUCAUCAGUGCCAUCUUUGCAUUGCUUGGAAUACUGGCUGUUAUUGUAGAUCUGAGCAGAAAUGGAUCAUUUCAUUCUGAUAACCAUCACUAUUCCUUGGUGAUGACAGGCAACAGGAUCGCCAUUGUAUUGCUGACAUUCACCAUCCUGGAAUUUUGCAUCGCAUGUGCCACUGCAUAUUUUUGGUGCCGAGCAACCCGCUCUGACGCCAAUGAGGCCAUAUUGAUUGAACCAAAUGCCAUCAGGACAGAUACUGAAGUACCUUCUGUGGAAUCAUCAACAGCAAACUUUCCACCAAGUUCCAAUGAUGUAAGUUACGAUCUAAAAGUAGAGACUGUGUAGAAGACGCCAAGGAAUCUGGAUGGAAAAAUCACACUAGCCAACCUCUUUUGAGGUAUAAAAGCUGGCCCUUUCCUGCAUGACAGAUUACCUUCAAUUACUGUCAGUAUCCUAGCUGCCAGGCCAGUGAGGCCAAAGGGACUCUCUCUCUCCUUUCUUCAAUAUGGCCUUGGUUCCAGGCUAAGACAAGAAGCAUGUGGCUUGAUAUGCUCUGCUUUGGACUAGGAGGUAACACACAGACUCCUUUUUGCAUAGGCUAUGUAUGGAAAUAGCCAUGAGUUUGGCAAAUGGAUCAUUAACAUGUUAAAAUGUGUUUGAAGACUGUCUUGAUAUAGUAUUGGCGGUGGUCACAAGACCCAGAGUGGAAAAUGAAACAGAAGCAUAGGCAAGCCACGAGUGCAUUUUCUCUGGCUGGCCCCAUUGCUGAUCCUGGUACAAGAUGAAAGCAACCAGUCUGUGCUGUUGGUUUGGAUGAAUCAAUGCCUAGUGUUGCAGUUGGGCUGAUAGACUUUAUCAAACUCGAGUCUCCUGAGGAGUAGCCAACUAGUAAUGAGACUGCCUUGGCCCCAAUCACAGCAAUUGCCCCUCUUGUGCUUCCAUAUGGAAGCAUGGGUGUAGUAUAAUGAAGUGUACCUGAGACAUCAUUUGAAUUGCACAAAUGAAGCUGAUUGGUCUUCUGAAUUUUAUCAGCAAUGCUGGAUGUUCUUGAGCACUGCCUACUUCAUCUAUUUCUCGUCAUUGUACAUACACACCAAUAAAGCUUAUUCAUAUAGCAGCUUCUGCUCGGGAGAAUUUUCUGCUGGUUUAUUACUUAGAGGGGGGAAACACACCCUCUUUGUGGUGACAUAGCUUACAGCUAUGAAUGAGCUAACACAGCAGUUAUGUAUCUCCUUUUUCACUAGCUUUGGCCUGCUUCAGCCACUGAACCAUAUGCAAACAUCCUGUCCAAAAACACUAGAGAGCAUCCUUUCUACAUUCCUGAUCAAUGAUCUCCUCCAGCUUUGGUCAUUCUGAAGCUGGUCACUGCCAUCUCAUGCCUGGAUGCCUCAUAUAAAAUGACAACUGAGGAUAUCGGAAAACUUCUGGCAACAUCUUUGCAGUCAUUGGCUUCCAUGAUGAACUUCUAGCAUUUCCUCAUAUGAUUCUAGGUCAGCUGUAACACUGAGGCAGGUCCAGGGUUAAGAGAUGCAGGUCCCUAUGGGACUUAUUUCUGCUCCUGUCUUGGCAAGAAAAGGUGAGCCCUCCUUGUUUAAAAAGGAAGUGACUUUCCAAACAAGUAGUGUCUGCUACAAGGAGGAAGACAUCUGGGUUGCAGUCCUGCACCUAGCUAAAGCCCCACUGAACUUAAAGCCCCAUCGAACUGAAUCCGUUUCAAUUGCCUAUUUGAGUGCAGGACUGAAGCCUCUGAGCACAGUCUAUUGGAAAAACGGAAAUUCUUCUGCAGAAGCAUGAUUAAAAUAAAUGGGAGCUGAACAAGAAUGUGAAGUCCUCUUGUGCAGCUCCCAUUCAUGUCAAUGGGGCUUGGGAAGAAGAACGUUGAGGUAGCUUAUGUUCUUGAUUUCCAUGGGUGGUGAGCUUUUUGACGGCAUGUUGUGUAAGUAGUAGUUGGUGUUUUUGAAAUCCUGUCAUUAUUGUUAAGGAACUGGGAAUAGCUAGAUGAGGACCCAUUUUAUUGACUUCUGAGCAUCUUGGUUAACAUUUCUUCAGAGCAUGGGUUUUGUUUUGUUUUUGGAAGAUUUCUACUGACUAUCUCAUGCCUGUCUGUGAAACAGGAAUACCUAGUUUUGGGUGACCUCACAGAGGUCCUGUUCUUAUAGCUGUUCCUUUGGUCCUUUGCAGGGCAAAUGUAGAUUUUAGAUUCUUCAGGUGAUUCACUCUUUGUAUGUUUGAUCUUGCUUUUUGUGGAUAUAUUUUUUAAAAUAAAAUAAAACAUGAACCUGAAACAGCA